AUGGGUGGUCUACCUGAAACCUAUUCCUCCUGGAAUGCCGAAAGCCACAGAUCCAAUGGCAUUUUGGCACGCUCACAAGCAACUCCUCUGUCAGCACGGCUGCGCAAGGAUCACUACCUCAAGACGGAAGACGACAAGAGCAGAGGGAUGAUGCAUCUCUUGGCCGCGGCGGGAGACUGCGUACUACUCGAGUUUCUCCUGCACCAAAAGUUUUACGAUCCCAAAGAAAAAUAUGAACAUGGCAUGACUCCACUGUCCUUCGCCGCAAAACACGGACAUAAAAAAGUCGUCCAGGCAUUGCUUGACCGACCAGAAAGCGAUACACAGUCAAGGGAAGACUACGGUCGGACGCCACUCUCGCACGCCGCCUGCAAUGGACAUAAAGACGUCGUUCGCUUGCUGUUAGCUCGACCAAGUACCAAGGCCGAUUGGAGAGAUCAAGCCGGUCGGACUCCGCUCUCCUAUGCGGCUCAGAACGGGCAUAAUGAAGUCGUUCAGUUGUUGCUAAGCCUACCACACGUCAAGGCAAGCUCAAGAGAUGAGAAUGGUUUGACCCCAAUCUGGCAUGCUGCCUGGGGUGGAUACAAGGACGUCGUCCAGUCACUGCUCUCCCGACCAGAUGUCAACGUGAAUGAGAGAGACAAUGACGGUUCAACCGCGCUCUGGCGCGCCGCCUGGCGUGGACAUGCAGAAGUCGUAAAGCUACUGCUAGCUCAACCAAACAUUGAAGCAGACGCAAAAGCGGCCAAUGGCCUGACACCGCUGUGGUAUGCCGCCUGGAACGGAAACACUGAUGUUGUGCGAAUGCUGCUGGCCAGACCAGACGUCGAAGCAGACGUGCGAGACAAGAACGGCUCAACCACGCUUUCUCAUGCUGCCAGCACUGGAAACAAGGCAGUUGCUCAAUUACUGCUCGCUCGACCAGACGUCAAUGCCGAUUCACGGAACAGAGAUGACCGAUCGCCGCUGUCGUAUGCUGCUGAGCAUGGACAUGCAGACAUUGUCAAGCUCCUCCUGCUUGCUCGACCACAUGUCAAAGCAGAUUCAAUGGACGGCAACGGUUCUACCCCGCUUUGGUAUGCGGCAAGCCGUGGACACAAAGAAGUCGUCGAGUUGCUGCUGGCUCGGUCAGACGUCAAGGCAGACUCGAGAGGGAAUUGCGGCUCGACACCCUUGUCACAGGCCGCCUGGGGUGGGCACAGAGAAAUCGUGCAGUUACUACUAGCACGAAAGGAUGUCAGCGUGGAUACAAGGGAUAAAUAUGGCCAGUCUCCUCUGAAUUAUGCUGCUGAGAGUGGACAUGAGAGGAUUGUUCAGCUACUUCUAUCUAGAGACGGGUAG